UCCUCACAGCCCCGGAGCGCGGCCUGCCGGGGAGGUGGUUCCAGUGCUCCCCACACAGUCACACUCCGCGCACUCACACACUUGGAAGCGCCUCCCCACGUCCCUCCCCUGCCCUUCUCUUGCUCUGCUCUCUUCUCCCUCACCACAAAUAGUCGCCGACCUACUGCCAAUCCGCCUCUCUCUCUCUCUCUCUCUCUCAACAUGACUGACUGGAAAGCGGUGGCUCGGGCAGAGCAGCUCUGCUGGCGCAGGCAGGAGGAGCAGGAGGAUUAUUAAAUAACGCAGCUCGACUCGGUGCAACUGAGAGUGGAGAGAAGGAGCCCAACGGCCGAGAAAGGGAGGGAGGGCAGAGGAGGGGGACCAGGAAGGACAACCCGGUGCCCCGAAGACAUAAAUCCCUGAGUGUCCGGGAGGAGCCUUAACAAGCGGCACGGAGCCCUCAAGGCUGCUAAGUUGGCUUUCACAGUGCAAGUCUUGGAGUCCCAAUGGGGGACUCAGGAUCAAGACGAUCUACCCUGGUCUCUAGGUUGCCAAUAUUCAGAAGAAGUAUUAGCAGAAGACAUGAUUCUCUUCCUUCUUCACCUUCUUCCAGUAAUACAGUUGGUGUCCACAGUUCCUCUCCUUCCAGCACUAACUCAAGCUCAGGUAGUACAGGUAAACGGAGGAGCAUAUUUCGUACUCCUUCCAUUAGCUUCCAUCAUAAGAAGGGGAGUGAGCCUAGGCAAGAGCCUACCAACCAGAACCUUAGUAUUUCAAAUGGUGCUCAACCUGGUCACAGCAAUAUGCAGAAACUGAGCUUGGAAGAACAUAUUAAGACCAGGGGAAGACAUUCUGUUGGUUUUAGCAGUUCACGAAAUAAGAAGAUAACGAGAUCUAUGACAGAGGAUUUCGAAAGGGAAAAAGAACACUCAACUAAUAAGAAUGUCUUUAUCAAUUGUCUAAGUUCUGGCAAAAGUGAGGGGGAUGAUUCUGGAUUCACAGAAGACCAAACUCGUCGUUCUAUUAAGCAAUCAACAAGGAAGCUACUCCCUAAAUCUUUUUCAUCUCACUAUAAAUUUUCUAAACCAGUUCUACAGAGCCAAUCCAUUUCAUUGGUACAACAGUCUGAAUUCUCAUUGGAAGUUACACAGUACCAAGAGAGAGAACCUGUAUUAGUAAGAGCUUCGCCAUCCUGUUCUGUGGAUGUAACAGAACGGGCAGGAAGCUCUUUACAAUCUCCUUUGCUUUCUGCUGAUCUUACCACAGCUCAGACACCUUCAGAAUUUUUAGCUUUGACUGAAGAUUCUGUGUCUGAAAUGGAUGCAUUUUCUAAAAGUGGAAGCAUGGCAUCCCACUGUGACAACUUUGGCCACAAUGAUUCUACCUCUCAGAUGUCUGUCAAUCCUGCUGCUGUUACAAAGACAACAAUAGAAUUUAUGGGAAAUGUUCCCUGUGCAAUUAUGUCUCCUGGGAAAUCUAGGUUAGAGGGUCAAUGUAGCACUGAAUAUAAUUCCUUACCAGAAACCUGUGUUGCUAAUCAGAAGGAAGUGUUAUUACAAAUUGCUGAACUACCUGCUACAAGUGUCAGCCACUCAGAGACUAACUUACCAGCAGAUAUUGAAAGAGAAGAAAAUAUAGGGUUACAAAAUGGCGAAACAAUGCCGGGAACGAACUCCCCAAGGAAAUUUGGAUUUUAUGAACAGCAUAAAGCAAUAGCUGAACGUGUUAAAGGGAUCCAUCCUAUUUCAGAUUCAAAGAUAAUACCUGCUUCUGGUGAUCAUCAUAUUUUUAACAAAACAUCAUAUGGAUAUGAAGCGAAUCCUGCCAAAGUUCUUGCCAGUAGCCUCAGUCCAUUUCGUGAAGGAAGAUUUAUAGAGAGGAGACUGCGAUCCUCAUCAGAAGGCACUGCAGGGAGUAGCAGAAUGAUUUUGAAACCAAAAGAUGGAAAUAUAGAAGACGUGAAUAGCUUAAGAAAGCAAAGAGCAGGUUCUUCAUCUUCAAAAAUGAACAGUUUGGAUGUUUUGAAUAAUUUGGGAUCUUGCGAACUAGAUGAAGAUGAUCUAAUGCUUGAUCUUGAAUUUUUAGAGGAACAGAAUCUUCACCCUUCUGUUUGCCGGGAGGAUUCAUAUCACUCUGUCGUCUCAUGUGCUGCUGUAGUUCUUGCUCCUAUGGAACCAACAAUAGAAAUGAAGAAAAGAGAAGAACCAAAAUUUCCUGAGCCUUCCAAACAGAAUCUUUCCCUGAAGUUAACAAAGGACAUUGAUCAAGAAGCCAGGUAUUCCCACAUCAGCCGAAUGCCCAACAGUCCAUCUGCAGAUUGGCCCCUACAAGGUGCGGAAGAAAAUGGAGGCAUAGAUUCUCUGCCAUUCAGACUGAUGUUACAGGACUGCACAGCAGUCAAGACGUUAUUAUUGAAGAUGAAGAGAGUUCUUCAAGAGAGUGCAGACAUGAGUCCAGCAAGCAGUACCACGUCACUUCCUGUUAGUCCUCUUACUGAAGAGCCAGUGCCUUUCAAGGAUAUAAUGAAAGAUGAAUGCUCGAUGCUCAAGCUGCAGCUGAAAGAGAAGGAUGAAUUCAUUUCCCAACUUCAGGAAGAGCUGGGAAAAGUCCGGCAUUUACAGAAGGCUUUUGCUUCAAGAGUAGAUAAAUCCACACAGACUGAACUACUAGGCUAUGAUGCCCUGUGGAAUCCUACAUACACUGAAGGUUUAUUUAAAUCAGUACACAUUUCAACUUAGCUUAAAUCAUUAUUUGACAAUAAGAAAUGCAUCCCUAAUCUGUGACAUGCAAAAUAUUGAGUAAAAUCAAUUUUUUCAUCAUUUCCUAUUUUAAAUGUGUAAUAUAGAAAUAUUUUCAUUUCAAAUACUUCACAGUUUUUGCAUUUGCAAAAAUCAUAAAUACUGAUGAAUUAAGAUUCAACAAACAUAUGUCUGCUUUAUUCUCAUUGUAUUUUUAAAACAAAAAUAGAUUUUUGUUUAAAAAUUAUUUCUAUAUCAUAUAUUCUAAAAUGUAAUAUUCCACUUGGCAGUAAGUAUUUUUUUUUCACUCUUCUCAUCCAUGUCAUUGAUUUCCCUGGUUAUAAUCUUAAUUUAAUUUCAUCACAUAUUCUAUGUACAUUAGAUUAAAUUUGAAAACAAUGCCUUUAGUAUCUUCCAUCUUAGUAGGAAAGUUCCUACUGAAGAACAAAAUAUCUACAAUCUUCAUUCUUUUGCAUCAAGACCAAAAGAUGAAAGCAGUGUGUCUUUAAAUGAAUAAAUAAUGAAGAGUCUCAUUCAUAACUGUUAUAUUUAUUUCUGUUAUAACAGAAAAUGUAACACCUAUUUAGAUCCCUAAAUAGUUGAGGACUAUUUAUUAGAAAUUAACCUCAUAUUUAAGAGAGUCUCCUGAAUGUAUCAUAAAAGGAUAUCUGUGCCUGGACUUGACAUUGCUUCCUGAUUUCUGUGUGUCAUGUUUGUUGCCUUUAUUACAGGUCACUUUAAUUAUGAAGUGACCAAGUGGCUACAAGGCACUCCUGAAUGUUGUAGUUUACUGCAAGGAUAGGUGACAGAGAUAGACAGCCCAAAGAAUGGUUCAAUGUUGUGGGCAGGGUUCAGGGCAAUAGAAAAGCCAUAGAACCAAGAAGAAGAAAGCCUGUUUUACCAAGAGUUCUCUGUGUCAUACAAACAGACAAUGAAGUAAUCAUGGUUAAUGGUGGUAACCAUUAUAAAUAUGUUAUGAAACUACUUAAAUUAUUUCAAUCAUUAUGUAACAUAUAUUAUGAAUCAUAAAUGCUGGAUGUAAAACAUGGUAUUAAAAUAAAAAUUAUUAAUAUAUUUAUUUAUACAAAA